UCCCUGCGCUGGCGGCGAUGACCCAGCGCGGGGAGGUCAUGACGCGCCGGGUGGAUUUGGCGUUAGUAUUCAUGCCGCUUUGUCGUGCGCUCCGUCCAGCUGGACCGGUCUAGCGCCCGAUUUAAUAAAAAAAGACCUCAGUCGCGUCUGGAUUACGCGCGGAUCUCGUGCGAUUUGGUCUUCGCGGACAUAAAAAAUGCGAACCGUUUUUGCCUUGAGGAACCCGUAGCUUUGGCUAUAAAUAGGGGGACCCUUGGCCAUUUUCUUUGCCACAAAGCUCUCGUCCUUAUCGUUUGAGCUCGCAUUGAAGGUCUCUUAGCUCGGGUCUUCCGGUUCGUCCUGUUCUCCCAGUCCGGUCGCGCUUCUUUUGGUGAGUCUCCCCGAGCUUUCUUCCCCUUUUCAAUUCGUUUCUUCCUUUUAGUUCGCUUUGUUGUCUAGUGUAGACAGCCUGAUCGACAAGCCCGAGGUGAGUACCUCGGCUCGGGGUGACUUUUCUACUGCCCAGCCAUCCGAAGUACGGGUGGCUUCGGGUCAUCUGGCGUCCACCUCCCACCGAGGUCGGGAACCAGAUCAGUUCGGGCCUUCCAUAAUGACUUCGGAGAGGCUUCAGGACCUCAUACAGAAGUUCUGCCUCUCUAAGGAAUACUCGUAUAGCCUUUCCACUAGCAACUUCCCAUGGGAGCACGGUCCUGACGAGAUCGUGAUCUUCAGGGAGCAACUGAUAGUCGGGCUCCGACUUCCUCUUCACCCUCUGAUCGUUGAGGUGUUGGUACACUUAACAUCACCCUGGACCAAUUCCACCCGAAUUCCAUACGGAAUGUGGUGGGGUCCAUCUCCCUUUGCUUUGAUCGUUCUCUCUCCAUAGAUUUAGAUGUUCUUAGUACUAUUUUGGCUAUAAAGAAGAGCACUUCAGGCGCUCUCCCCGGGCACAGGCGAUCCUACUACCUGUCCCCCCGCCUGGGUUUCAAACUCAUGCACAAGCUCCCGAGCAAAGUCCCAGCUUGGAAGCGGGACUACUUYGUAGUCCGGAGYAGYACGGGGUGGCCCUUCCCCACCGAUUGGAGGAUAGCCGUUCAAGACCCUGGUGUCAUCCUAGACAGGAAGACCAAGAAGGUGCUUUAGUCACUAGCUCAGCUCGGGUUGAAUUAUAAAGACUUCACUUCUGAGGAGAAGCUCGUCCAGGCGAGCUUGAGCUCGGGUAGGUUUUCCUCCACUUCGGCUUUCUGUUCAUAUGUUUACUUCGGGUUGUUGAUGUUGUGUUUCGUUGCAGGUCCCAUGGAGGCGGAGAGAAUAGACAACCAAAAGCUCUUCCGCCAGAUGAAGAGAAAGAAACACGUAGCCAAGAAGGCGCGCAUUGAGUCCCCGCGAGCUUCAGCCGAGCUCCAAUCUCCGCAGACUUCUGCCUCGGGGCCCGAGGUGAUAGUCGCGCCUGUCGUCGACUUGGAAGAAGGGGCCGUGCCUAAGGGGCCCAAGGUGAUGGUGGAACCUACCGUUAAGCCCACCGAGCCUGCUGCCAAGCCCACCAGACCUGUUGGUGGAAGCGUUGCCGAGGCCAAUGCUGUUGAUGCCGCCGAGGCUCAUCCUGCCGAAGCUGUCACCGAGGCCUCUGAGAGUUCCACUCGUUAUGUGGAGAUGACGGCUUCCAGCUCAGUGGGUCAGGGGAGCCAAACCAUCCUGAACCCCCAGUGCAGCCUGAAGAAGAGCAAGCUGGCUGCAUACCCGGGGGAGGUCAGCAAUUGGGCAACUCACUCCUGGUCAGCUUGGCGCCCGAGCUGCUACUCAUACUAUGGUGGUGAACACCAUCAUUCGCGCCUUGACCCUUCAAUUAGAUCGGCACCUGAGGCAGGCUCUAGAGGCUGAGAAGUCGUCUCGUGCAACCCAUACUGAGUUGAGGGCAGCUCGCUGUUAGGUCCACCACCUGGAGAGUGACGCCUUGGCUCAAAAGAGCUUCAUCGAGGUGUUAAUGGAAGAAAAGGGGGAGCUGGCCCGAGACAAAGACAAGCUGAGGGUCGAGGUGAAUGGCCUCAAGGUCGGUCAGGAGGCCUUAGGGCUUGAGGUGAACAGCCUCAAGGCUGAGCAGGAUGCCUUGAAGCUCGAGGUGCAAGGCCUUAAGGAGGCAAAGGGGAAGCUGGAGCAUGAAGUGGGGUACCUCUAGGAAGACAUAAGAGAGAAGACUGCAAUCUUCGAGGGUGCUCUCAAGGAGGCCAAGACUCAGGCCAUCAUUGACUAUGUCAACUCUUCAAGGUUUGACGACGUGAUGACGGAGGCCUACCAUAAGGGCUUCAAGCUUAGUCGGUGGCUGAUUUGGCACCUCUACCCCGACCUGUAUACGACCGCCAUCACCACUUCACGGAUCACUAACGCACGAUGUGUCAGUCAAAAGAUGAUCCAGAUUCUGAAGACGAGGGUGCCGAGGAUGAAGCAGAGGAUGCUGGCCCAGUUACUGCCCCCGAGGAGGUCCCUAACAGGGGCAACGAGCUUCCGAAGUAGUUUUCUCCCUGUAUUUGUAAACUUAAUCUCCCUUGUAAUCAAGACGUUCUUAAUGAAAUUUGUGUACCAAACUUCCCGUAAUGAAGAUAUUUUUUCUUUCUUUUUGCCAA